GUAUUUCCUGAGUAGCAGUACGUAGACUACCCUCUCCAGUCCAGUCCCUGGAAUGAGGUGUAUUUUUUAUAUCUUGUUUGUUUACUUGAUUCCGCCGUUUUGAAUCGUUCUAGCAUGCGUACGUAACUAUGUUGGCGUGUCGGUCCAAAGGUGGCUCAGACGAACCGGGUCUCAGUGAUGCCUUAGCGUCGCGUUACGUGCGACAGAGCAAGCAAACCUAUCGCAAAGUUUCCCUGUUGUACAGUAGAUGAGUGCGCGUGGACUUUAGGACAGUCCAGUUCGUCAGGACAUCUCAGUCUGUCCUCUUGACAACACUACUUCCUCGCUGUCUCGAGUUUAGCUUGUUUUCGGGACUGUAUUCGUCGUCAGUCAAACACGGUGGACUUUUCGUCGUGUCCGCGGACAGGUUUAGUGGAUUUACGUCGUGUCCAAGGAAACGGAAGAUUAGAAGCUGAUGCUGUUGAGGUGAUUCCUGAAUCAUUCCGAGUCCAUCUCUCUUCCUUGACUCCGUCUCUACAUGUGCCAGGGGCAGCACGGGUAUAGCAGUGGGCCGCUGUGCUGACGGACUUGGUGACAUUAGGAACUCCUGCCUUGGUUCCCUCCAUUGUGUCUAAUGGAUCUCAGGCUUGCCUCAUUGACGCUCUGUACACUACUGAUUCUCGUGACCUCCGGGCCACAGCCAUCCAUUGGACAGAAGGUUUACACCAACACAUGGGCCGUCCACAUCACAGGGGGAGAGCAGGAAGCGAACCGGAUUGCUAGAAAGCAUGGCUUUAUAAACCACGGGAAUGUAUUUGGAGAUUAUUAUCACUUCAGGCACCGCACAGUGGUGAAGAGGUCUUUAUCAGAACACAGAGGAACACACAUUCGUCUGCACACAGAACCCCAGGUAAUGUGGGCGGAACAGCAGGUGGUAAAACGAAGAUCGAAGAGGGAUAUUUACAAUGAGCCGACCGAUCCGAAGUUUGCACAGCAGUGGUACUUGUACAAUGAAGAUCAUCGUGACCUCAACGUGAAGGAAGCCUGGAAACAGGGCGUCACUGGACAAGGCGUCGUCGUGUCCAUAUUAGAUGAUGGAAUUGAAAAAAACCACCCAGAUUUGCUUCAAAACUAUGAUCCAGAUGCUAGCUAUGAUGUUAACGAUGGCGACCCAGACCCUCAACCUCGAUACACCCAACUCAACGAUAACAGACAUGGGACACGUUGUGCCGGAGAAGUUGCUGCUGUUGCCAACAAUGGCAUCUGUGGUGUCGGAGUGGCCUACAAUGCCAAGAUCGGAGGUGUGCGCAUGUUGGAUGGAGAGGUCACUGAUGUGGUGGAAGCUCAGUCCCUCAGUCUCAACCCACAGCACAUCGACAUCUACAGCGCCAGCUGGGGUCCUGAAGACGACGGCAAAACGGUGGACGGACCUGCAAAGUUGGCUAAAGAGGCUUUCCUACGUGGUGUACUAGAGGGCCGUGGAGGACGGGGCUCCAUCUUCGUGUGGGCUUCUGGGAACGGCGGCCGCGAGAAGGACAGCUGCAAUUGUGAUGGCUACACCAAUAGCAUCUACACGCUGUCGAUCAGCAGCAGUACGCAGAAUGGCAACGUGCCCUGGUACAGCGAGGCCUGUUCGUCCACCCUCGCCACAACCUACAGCAGUGGAGGCCUCAAUGAGAAACAGAUUGUCACUACAGACCUCAGGCAGAAGUGCACAGACUCCCACACAGGCACCUCAGCCUCGGCCCCGCUGGCGGCAGGAAUCAUCGCCCUCGCCCUUGAGGCCAAUAAAAACCUAACCUGGAGAGACAUGCAGCAUCUGGUUGUGAGGACGUCCAACCCUGCCCACCUCUCCACCAAUGACUGGAAGAUAAAUGGAGUGGGUCGCCGAGUAAGCCAUUCUUAUGGAUAUGGUCUGCUGGAUGCUGGGGCUAUAGUGGCUCUGGCAAAGAACUGGACAAAUGUUGGACCUCAGCAGAAGUGUGUCCUUUCCCUGGUGUCUGAGCCCAUGAAUAUUGGGAGCCAUUUGGUAAUCACCAAAAGUGUGGAUGCAUGUACUGGGACGGCCAACUUUGUGAGCUCAUUAGAGCAUGCUCAAGCCCAGCUCACCCUGUCCUACAACCGCAGAGGAAAUCUGGCCAUCCACCUGAUCAGCCCACAGGGCACCCGCUCCACACUACUUGCUCCCAGACCUCACGAUUACUCCUCUGAGGGCUUCAAUGACUGGGCUUUCAUGACCACCCACUCCUGGGAUGAAGACCCUCGUGGAGAAUGGACGUUGGAGAUCGAGAACGUGGCUGGAACCACCGACUAUGGCACUCUGACUCAGUUCACGCUGAUUCUCUAUGGCACGUCGUCUGGUUUAUCCAGCCCUUCAACAGCAGACUCCAGCCAGACCGCUGACAGCAGCUGCAAAACCUAUGACCUCAAUCAGAUCUGCACAGAGUGCAACCCCGGGUUCUACUUGUACCAGAAGGGCUGUGUGAGAGACUGUCCAGCCGGAUACACCCCGGGCACCCGUUCCACCUUCCUCCCCAACAACGAGGUGAUACCCGUCCUGCACCCCACCUGCUUGCCCUGCCACUCUGUCUGCCUCACCUGCAGUGCCACAGGGUCUCAGGACUGCCUCUCCUGCCCGCCUCACAGCCACCUGGACGUCGUUGCCGGCACCUGUCUGCACCAGAACCAGAUCCUGCGCGAGUCUCCGGACGGUGGACUGUUUCAGACGCAAGGUGACGGCAUGUCCUUGAAACCCCGGCCCGAACUGGCCUCUCGCCUGCCUGUUACCGUGGCGGUGCUCAGCUGUGCCUUCAUCGUGGCUACGUUUGUGGGUGUGUUUGGCUUUCUGCAGCUGCACACGCGCGGCCAGAACAAACUGCACUCUGUUGAAGCGGAGCCGGGAUCUGGCUUACUGAUCGGGUUUGGCUUGAACCGCACCGCAGUUGCCUACAAGGGCAUCCCGACCGUUUGGGGGGAGGAUGAGGGCAAUUCCGAGUCUGAGAAUGAGGAAUUCGAGAUCCACAAUGAGAGGACUGCCUUCAUCAAAACACAAAGUGCUCUUUAACCACGUUCCUCCCCUCUCUAGCCUCUACUGCACUGUUGUCUCUCUUUUUUUUUUUCUUUUUUUUUAAUAUACGUGUUUUCAUUCUGGGGUUCGUCUGAACAUAUCUCACUUUUGGGGCAUUUUGGUUUGUUUUUCCCACCUGUCUUAGUUAUAUGAGCCAUGAUUCACCUGGGCGUUGACCUCUCGGUGCCUCAACAUGGAAAGCUUCCAAACACAAGCGACGGGGACGAGACAAAACUACAAUAAACAUGAUUAUCGUUUGGUCUGUUCCUCUUGCCUAGUGAGAUUUAAAGAAACAAUGAGAUUGAAAUAUUUGCAUACGAGAAUAACAAAGCUUUUCUGUGAGUGAGUGAGUGAGUGAGUGAGUGAGUGAGUGAGUGAGUGAAUCGAGUGAGUGAGUGAGUGAGUGAGUAAGUGAAGUGAGUGAGCGAGCAAGUGAAGCGAGUGAGUGUAGCGAGUAUGUGAAGUAAGAAGCGAGUAAGUGAAGUGAGUGAAGAAACUGAAGCGAGUAUGUGGAGUGAGUGAGUGAAGUAAGUGAAGUGAGUAUGUGAAGUUAGUGAGUGUGAGUGAAUUGAGUAAGUGAAGUGAGUGAAGCGAGUAUGUGAAGUGAGUGAAGAAAGUGAAGUAUGUGAACCGAGUGAGUGAAGUUAGUGAAGUAAGUGAAGCGAGUAUGUGGAGUGAGUGUGCUUUCACAUUAGCACUUUUGGUGUGCACCCAGGUUCGAUUGACUUCAGAGUUCGGUACGUUUGGAUGAUGUGAACACUGUCUGAACACUGAAACUCGGGUGCGCACCCACGAACCGUACCCAAGUCCACUUAAAAAGGGUGGUCUGGGGUGCGGUUCAAGUGAACUCUGGUGCGGUUCGCUGCUGAUAUGAAGGCAAUCGAACCAAGUGUGAAAGCACCCUGAGUGAGUGGGUAUGUGGAGUGAAGUAAGUGAGUAUGUAUGUAGAGUGAGUGAGUGAGUGAAGUGAGUAUGUGUGUGGAGUGAGUAUGUGAAGUGAGUAUGUGUGUGGAGUGAGUAUGUGAAGUGAGUAUGUAUGUGGAGUGAGUGAGUGAGUGAGUGAAGUGAGUAUGUGUGUGGAGUGAGUGAGUGAGUGAGUGAGUGAAGUGAGUAUGUGUGUGGAGUGAGUAUGUAUGUGGAGUGAGUGAGUGAGUGAAGUGAGUAUGUGUGUGGAGUGAGUAUGUGAAGUGAGUAUGUAUGUGGAGUGAGUGAGUGAGUGAGUGAGUGAAGUGAGUAUGUGUGUGGAGUGAGUAUGUAUGUGGAGUGAGUGAGUGAGUGAAGUGAGUAUGUGGAGUGGGUAUGUGAAGUGAGUAUAUGUGUGGAGUAUGUGAAGUGAGUGAGUGAGUAUGUAUGUGGAGUGAGUGAGUAUGUGGAGUGAGUGAGUAUGUGGAGUGAGUAUGUAUGUGAAGUGAGUGGAGUGAGUAUGUAUGUGGAGUGAGUAUGUGAAGUAAGUGAGUAUGUGAAGUGAGUGGAGUGAGUAUGUAUGUGAAGCGAGUAUGUAUGUGGAGUGAGUGAAAUGAGUAUGUGUGCGGAGUAUGUGAAGUGAGUGAGUGGAGUGAGUAUGUGAAGUAAGUGGAGUGAGUAUGUGAGUGAAGCGAGUAUGUAUGUGGAGUGAGUGAAAUGAGUAUGUGUGCGGAGUAUGUGAAGUGAGUGAGUGAAGUGAGUAUGUGUGCGGAGUAUGUGAAGUGAGUGAGUGGAGUGAGUAUGUGAAGUGAGUAAGUGGAGUGAGUAUGUGAGUGAAGCGAGUAUGUAUGUGGAGUGAGUGAAAUGAGUAUGUGUGCGGAGUAUGUGAAGUGAGUGAGUGGAGUGAGUAUGUGAAGUAAGUGGAGUGAGUAUGUGAGUGAAGCGAGUAUGUAUGUGGAGUGAGUGAAAUGAGUAUGUGUGCGGAGUAUGUGAAGUGAGUGAGUGAAGUGAGUAUGUGUGCGGAGUAUGUGAAGUGAGUGAGUGAAGCGAGUGUGUUAUGUGGAGUAAGUAUGUGAAGUGAGUGAGUGAAGCGAGUAUGUUAUGUGGAGUGAGUAUGUGGAUUGAGUGAGUGGAGUGAGUAUGUAUGUGGAGUGAGUAUGUGGAUUGGGUAUGAAAAGUAAGUGAGUAUGUGAAGUGAGUGAGUGAAGCGAGUAUGUUAUGUGGAGUGAGUAUGUGAAGUGAGUGAGUGGAGUGAGUAUGUAUGUGGAGUGAGUAUGUGGAUUGGGUAUGAAAAGUAAGUGAGUAUGUGAAGUGAGGGAGUGAAGUGAGUGAGUGAGUGAGUGAGUGAGUGAGUGAGUGAGUGAGUGAGUGAGUGAACUUACGUUUUUAUGAAGUCAGUCAGUGCUGCAGUGGGUUGGAUCCACUGGCUUUGCGCAGGGAGCCUUUUAGAAGAACAUAUCACUAUUUCUUCAUGAUCAGAGAUGGAGAAGAGAGCAGCAUGUUGUCUUGCACACAUUUAUAGAGCUUACUGCUCCCCCUGGAGCAUCUGCAUUGCUGAAUUCAUGAUUUUUCUUUUAUGUAAGCUUUUUUAAGGAAUCCUUCUCCAAAAGAUAAAACUUCUGUCAUCGUUUGCGAACACUCUUACCCUCAUCAUGUCAUUGCAAACCUGCAUGACUUUUUGUCAAAAGUCCAAAGGCUUUGUAUCCAUAUCACCAUAAAUAAAUGAGGACUAGGGCUUUUCAAGCUCGAAAAGGACAUUACAAAUGUGUAAUGUUUAUUGAAGUAAAGACAAAAAGUGGUCUAGUUAAUUUUUAUAUGAAUUGAAUUUGGGUGACUGGGGCCAUUCGCAUAUGGUUCACACACAUAUACUGUAUGUGUGUGAACCAUAAAAGUAUUUUAUGCAACUUCUGCGUUGUUCUCAAAUGUCAUUCACUUCAAAUAAGGCUCCUCAAAAUGUCAAAAUCAUGACGUCAAACCUGUAUAUUUGUUUGUUUUAUAUAUCAUUUUAAUUAAACAUGAGCAGGAAUGGCAUUUGAAACGAAGCAUGGAUGUGCAGGAGAAUAUUAUCAGCAAAUAAAUUGAUAAGACAUCAAACAACUUUAAAUAUAGUUUUAUGCACCACUUUUAUGGUGCUUUUGUUGUCUUUUUUGAUGCUCGACAUCCUCUACCCGCAUUUAUUUAAAAAAAAAAAAAAAAAAAAAAGCUCUGGUGAUUCUACAAAAUGACUUGUUUCAUUACAGCAAGAUCUCACGCAGGUUUGAAACGACAUGAGUAAGUGAAUAUGGUAAAUAUUUUCAUUUUUGUGUGAGAGAUUGCUUGCGAACUGCAGUAUCCCUGCGCUCUUUGACUGUAUGUAGGUGAGAAACUCUGAUGUCGGUCAGCCUCUCCGAGCCAAUUUAAUUCUGUCCUCCAGUCAAGGGUUUGAAACACUAGAAAGAGUCUUUGCUAAUGGCCCAUCCUGAAAGGACCUGGCUUCCUUUUUGUCAUGUUUAUAGUGAUUAUAUAUAGAGAUUAUGGAGGUUUUGUACAAUAUGGGUGUCUUUUUUUUAAAUAAAUCAGAGAAAGGGCUCUCAUGACCACCACCCCGAGCAGCUGUCUGAUAUCACUUAGGAUUGGUUUAGUUUGAUCUGCUCUACAGUCUUUUCAUCAGGUGUUUUUCUUUGCUUACUAAAGUUUAUUAUUAGUAAUAUGCUUGGCCUCGUCAGCUCAUCUGCAACCUGCCCAGAAUAUAGUAGUUGUUUUUCUGUUGUUUUCUGAGUCACAUAUUCAUGUUACAUAUGUUGGUUUAAUGCAUUAUCUUUACGAAAUGACAAUGUUAUCUAUCGAAUCUGUGCAAUAGAGACCCAACAGAGUUAUGUGAUGGAGUUGGAGUCCGGCUUCCUUUAUCAUAUCAUAUAUAUAUAUAUCAGAUCACAGUGAUUUGUGAUAACUGGCGAUCAUGAUCAUUUCAAAACCAUUGUUGUUUAGUCUCCUUACGACUGCUCAAAACAAACACAGGCGACUUGCACCAUCCUCAGCCUUGACUUUCCUUAGUUUUGUUGGGUAGGGCAACCAAAUUUUAUUUCACACUAUCAAUUCAUUAUGGUAAAAUGAAAUGUGUCCCGUUUAUCUACACACUCUCAUAUGUCCGUAAACCAACAGAACGUCUUCACGUACAUCUAAUUUCACAGCUGGUAAAUAUCAUGAUAUUUGACAAUAAUGUUGGCCCCACUGAGCUUUUUCGCCCCCUGCAGUAAUGAUUUGGCCUUACAGCUGUGUUUUGGAAAGCCUUAAAGUGUGCAAAGGCAUGACCAAAGACCACAGGAUGAAAAUCUGCUUGCCUUAGAGUGAUAACAUGACCUGAAAAAAACAAACAAACAAAAAAACACAUUGAGUAAAUUAAUAAAUAACACAAUGUUUGGGGUGUUUUUUUGUUGCAAUGUUAGUUGCAGUUUUAAAUUGGGUCGCUGGUUUGGCCAUACACAUUUAAAAAAUGCUUCGAAUGGGCUGUUGAAUUACAUUUUUAUGUGUGGUUGUGGUCAAAAUGCUGGUGACAACAGUUUUUACACAGGUCAUGCGCAAUAUGCUUUCACAUUGAUGGUGCGAUAAUUGCAUUGCGCUUGAGGGUUUGUGUGUGUGCGUCUGUGUGUGUGUGUGUGUGUGUUCGGGCUGAACAAGAACCUUCUGGACUCAUAGGAUUAUUUUCUCCUUUAUUUGAAGAGUCAACUGAUGCAUGUAGAUCCCCAAGUAGAAAACACCAAUCAUUUAUAUGACUACCUGAGACGGGAAAAAAAAAAAAAAAAAUUAAGGCCUAUUUUUGUACUAUAUAUGGUGCAUUGUCAUUUACAUGUAAUUUAAAGAUUAUUUUGCUCUUUUUCUUUUUAUUUAAUUGAUGUCAAUAUGCGAAUUAUAGAUUAUACAAAAAAAAAAAAUAAAGAUCUAUGCAAACUUCA